CAGGAGGUAGAACUUGAAGAACCUUUAUGGGAUUCAAAUGCCUGAUGGAUGGAUGAUGUGCCUACGAUAAUUAAGGCCAACAUGGGUUCAUGCUUCCUUGUCAUCCUGCUCAGCAGCUGCCUGACAUUCCUGGGAGCAGCAGCCAACAUGACCACAGUGCUCCCUUCGACGGGUUCUUCCUUGCUCACAAGUUCCAUGAAAACUGCCAAGACGCAACCAGCUAGCGGGAAGCCCACAAGCCCCACCAGUAGCCAUGCUCCUUCUCAAGCAGCGUCUCCUGCUAUGGCACCAAACCGUACUACUCCUCCUACAGCCACAGACUUCCUGCCUGCCACGAUGGUCAGCUCUCCAGGCACGGAGGCUACAGUUUUGCCGGCAACUGGGCCCACUUCUGGGCCCACCUCCCUCUUGACAAAUGCCACACCUUCAGUUCCACACACGACUGCUGCAAAUUCAAAUCUGGUGACUGUAGAGGCCAACACCACAACAGCAGUAACUACGCCAAAAGCCUUUGACACCUCAACUGAGAUAACAAAAGACUCAGGUGAUAGUGAUACCAGACGAGAUGAGACACCCAUCAUAGCCGUAAUGGUGGCAUUAUCUUCCUUGCUAGUCAUAGUAUUUAUUAUUAUUGUCCUGUAUAUGUUAAGGUUCAAAAAAUACAAGCAAGCCGGGAGCCAUUCCAACUCCUUUCAUUUGUCCAAUGGCCGGACAGAUGACAUGGAGCCCCAGAGCAUGCCACUGCUUGCCAGGUCUCCCAGCACCAACAGAAAGUACCCACCACUGCCUGUGGAUAAACUGGAGGAGGAGAUUAACCGGCGAAUGGCAGAUGACAACAAACUUUUCCGCGAAGAGUUCAAUGCUCUCCCGGCGUGCCCCAUCCAGGCCACCUGUGAAGCUGCGUCCAAGGAAGAAAACAAGGAGAAGAACAGAUAUGUAAACAUCUUGCCUUAUGAUCAUUCCAGGGUUCAUCUGACGCCUCUUGAAGGGGUUCCAGACUCUGAUUACAUCAAUGCCUCAUUUAUUAAUGGGUACCAAGAGAAGAACAAGUUCAUUGCAGCCCAAGGACCAAAAGAGGAAACUGUGAACGACUUCUGGAGGAUGAUUUGGGAGCAAAACACAGCAACAAUUGUCAUGGUGACCAACCUGAAAGAGAGGAAAGAGUGCAAAUGUGCUCAGUACUGGCCAGAUCAGGGCUGCUGGACGUAUGGAAAUAUCCGAGUGUCCGUGGAAGAUGUGACUGUCUUAGUUGACUACACGGUGCGGAAAUUCUGCAUUCAGCAGGUAGGCGAUGUCACCAAUAAGAAGCCUCAGCGCCUGGUGACGCAAUUCCACUUCACCAGCUGGCCUGACUUUGGGGUCCCUUUCACUCCCAUUGGGAUGCUGAAGUUCCUGAAGAAGGUGAAGACAUGUAACCCCCAGUAUGCAGGGGCCAUUGUUGUACACUGCAGCGCUGGUGUGGGACGAACGGGAACUUUCAUUGUCAUUGAUGCCAUGCUGGACAUGAUGCUCACUGAGAGAAAGGUGGACGUUUACGGGUUCGUCAGCCGCAUCCGGGCGCAGCGCUGCCAGAUGGUACAGACUGAUAUGCAGUAUGUGUUCAUCUACCAAGCUCUUCUGGAGCAUUACCUAUAUGGGGAUACAGAACUGGAGGUGACCUCGCUGGAGAUCCACCUCCAGAAGAUCUACAACAAGAUCCCAGGGACCAGCAGCAACGGAUUGGAGGAAGAGUUUAAGAAACUAACCUCGAUCAAAAUUCAGAACGACAAGAUGAGAACGGGCAAUUUGCCGGCCAACAUGAAGAAGAACCGGGUGCUGCAGAUAAUUCCAUACGAGUUCAACCGGGUGAUCAUUCCAGUGAAGAGGGGCGAAGAGAACACGGAUUACGUGAAUGCCUCCUUCAUUGACGGCUAUCGCCAAAAGGAUUCCUACAUAGCCAGCCAAGGCCCUCUCCAGCACACGACAGAGGACUUCUGGAGGAUGAUCUGGGAGUGGAAGUCCUGCUCCAUUGUUAUGUUGACUGAGCUGGAAGAAAGGGGUCAGGAGAAAUGCGCCCAGUAUUGGCCUUCUGACGGCUCUGUGUCCUAUGGGGAUAUAACCGUGGAGCUGAAGAAAGAGGAGGAGUGCGAGAGUUACACGGUCCGGGACCUGCUAGUGUCAAAUACCAGGGAAAACAAAACCCGGCAGAUCAGACAGUUCCACUUCCACGGCUGGCCGGAGGUGGGCAUCCCCACUGAUGGAAAAGGAAUGAUCAACAUCAUUGCAGCUGUGCAAAAGCAGCAGCAACAGUCCGGAAACCACCCCAUUACUGUGCACUGCAGUGCUGGAGCCGGCCGAACAGGGACCUUCUGUGCGCUGGGUACUGUUUUGGAAAGAGUCAAGGCUGAAGGAAUUCUAGAUGUCUUUCAGACAGUGAAGAGUUUGAGGUUACAGAGGCCGCACAUGGUCCAAACACUGGAACAGUACGAAUUCUGCUACAAGGUGGUUCAGGAAUAUAUUGACGCCUUUUCAGACUAUGCCAACUUCAAGUGAAGAUGAAAACCACCCAACAGAAGAGUUGCCUUCUUUAAUACUUUGUAAUAUUCUGUUUGUUAAUAUCCCCUGCCCCCCCAAAAAAUGUGUAUAUAUCUUAACUGUUUUAGAGGGUUGGUACCAUAAGAUUCCUAUUAGCUGGAGAUUUUAUAUGUAGCAAAAGUGUUAGAAAGAGAUUGUAGGCACUUUUUUUCCAAUGUUUUAUUGGGGAAUUAAAUAGCGUGAUAUUUGGAUUAAUAUUGUCAAAUCUCUCUCCUGGAGAGUCGAUGCAGGCUGUUUUUGUUUUGUAAAUCUUUUUUUUUUUUCCUUGAGGGAGUAAAGCCUUUUGAAAAACCAAAAGAGA